AUGACUUAUUUAAAACCUCUAGAAAGUGUUGUCAAUCAGAUUGAUCCUGGACUGAAAGUCUCGUUAAAUGGAAUGGCGGUCACUGAAGAUCAUAAAAAACAAGUAGAUAUAGCUAACACCAAACAAUCAGACAGGGCUUCACUGUUUCUUAGAAAAAAACGAGCAUUUGUGGAACAAUAUGAUCAUAAAAUAGAGAUAUUAAAUGGGGCAGUCAGUGGGAGCAGAAAAAGAAAUCGGUACGCUGUCACUAAGGUUAAGAUAUCUCAGGCAACAAUUUUGAACGUUGAGGCAUUCACCCAGGUUGAUCUACACAAUAAUCAUCUUUUGACAUCCCAAAGGUUGGAAAGAAGAUCAUUUCUCCUGUUAAAGAAGAAUUUGAACAUUCAUAUUUGUUUGCCAAAAGCAAUUCCUUUUAAGCAAUUAGGUGGAAUACAAAAUUUCAAAAGAGUAAAAACGGGUAAAAUUUACCAAAAAACAAACCGCAGUUUACAAGUCAUGAAAGGUAAAUCCAAUAAAACCCAUCAGAUACAUGGCUACCACCGGAAUAGGAAAAGUAUUGUGUUAGUUCUAAGGUCUUCCAAGUGGCGAAUGAAUAGUUUACUUUUAAAGAAUAGAGAUCAGAUGCCAUCUAUGGAGGAGCAGGUAAAAGGUUUGAAAAUAGUCUUUAUUGACUAUUUCAUUGAAAACCGCUUCUCUUGGCUCAAUUUUGCAUUUUAUGAAGAGCACUUUAAGCGGAAGAAUGAUGAAGAAGAAACACUUAGUUAA